AUGUUCAUAUUGCGCGUAGAAAGAAAUUGGCGUCUCAUAGCGCGUCAGAUGCAGCGACUUCUGAAACAGAUGAAGGACAUGGCCGAAAGAGAAAACGCAGACUUCAACGAUAUCCUUGACGGUUUGGGCAUCAACAUGGACUUUAUCUUUGAUCUUGGUAUUCUUGCUCCGUUGUCUGAUACCGCCGAGGGUGAACUGCGCUGGCCAAAAGAGUGGCUUGAGCCCAAAGGUACAUUCGAUGCGAACUUGGACAUGCUCAAAAGUUGGGUCCUUGACUGUUCCUCAAAGCAGGAGGACAAGGGCGAGGCCGAUGCUCCAAGCCUGGUUAAGGGCCAAGGCUGUUUGUUUACGCCACCUCCUCUGACUGAGAGACAAAAGCGAGAGAUAUUCAGACGUCAAUGA